AGCCAGCCGUGUUGUUUUUUUCUCACUGUGGAUGCGCUUGUUCUUCGUCGCGGGGACGGAAAAAAGCGAAGCAAAAAAAGAAGGAUUGCAUUUUUCACAACAGCAGAAAAAUCGCUGCUAUUUGUGAGAAAAUAAAUCUGUCCUUCCGGUUUGUUUGCUGUUUCCCGUUCGUUCGGCAGUGCUCCGGCGGUCGACGGUGCAGUUUCCAAGGUGGCAGGGUGGAGUUUUCGCUUCCGAAUUCGGUGCACUAAAAAGAAAGAAAGUGUUUUGAGGCUGAUAUCGGAAAGUGAAUGUGGUGAAGAUUUUUGGAACAAUGACUACAUACGAGACCGAUAGUCAAGGGAAGUUUAUUCCGUCUACACAGCGUCCUGACGGAACCUGGCGGAAACCAAGACGAGUCCGGGAUGGCUAUGUCCCCCAGGAGGAAGUUCCCUUGUAUGAGAGUAAAGGGAAGUUGUUCGCCCAGAAACCGCUCCUGCCUCCGGGAAUGACGCCAGAGAUGGCUCAAAAGUCCAAGGAGAAGCGAGAGAAGGAGCAACGAAUCAGGCAACAGCGGGAAGCGGAAGCAAAUCGACGGCCACCACAGAACCCUGUACCAGGAUUGCUCAUUUUGAACGGUGAUAACAAGCUUAAUCAGCAACGCGCCAAGCCUACGAAUGCUAAACCGAAGAAAAAAGCCAUCGAACUGCCAGAUGUGCUGCUGGAGCAGAAGCAAAAGGAAGAUCAAAAACAAGCCCGUAAACAGCAGCAGCAGCAAUCACAACAGAAUCACAAAAACCCCAAGGCUCAACAGCAACGGAUUGAAGAAGUGACCAAGGCUGUGAACGGUCUGCAGCUUACGGCCAAUAACGUCGGCGAUGGUCAGACUGAUCUCAGCAAAAAGUUGCGUAAACUACGUAAGAAGAUUCGUGAAAUUGAACUCAUCGAAGAGCGGUUACAAUCGAACGACGGUCCCCAUCCGGAUAAGGACCAGAUUGACAAGGCCAAACGGAAGCCGGAAAUUUUGAAGGAAAUCGAAGAGCUCGAAAAGGGCAUCUCCAAAUGAUGACCGACACCGGUGGUAGCACUUGGCUCGCCGCCGUCGACGUCGCAGCCCUGAUCGUCGGAUCUCGAUCUUAUCUCGGUGGUGUACAAAAACAAACAAACAAAUCCACAAGUCCAGCUAUAUAUGGUACACAGCUAGGGAACCGCAAUCUAUUAGAUACAAUUGUGUGAGAUAAUUUUACAGUUUUAGCUUUUUAUGUUCUUUUACCCUUAAUUCGUACAUAAGAUCAUAUUGUGAAUGCUUGCUGCUUAGACUAAGUUCACACACACUCUCUUUGGUCGCUCAACUUCGAUGUUCCUUUCGCGCUGGUAGGAAUUAAUGUGCUCCUCUUCUUCACAUAGUAGAUUGUUAAUACACAACUCAAUUCAAUCAAUAAAUUGAGAAAAAAUAUUCGAUCAUUUCAUAUUAGUAGAAAGUCUUCUAUUUCGUUCGCUGAAAUCAUUUUUAACAUUAAUUAUUAUGUAACUUUUUUUAACAGUGCUGACUACUGUGAAAGGCAGUGGUAAAACGCAAAUAUGACCGUGUUUCACGGCGUCAAUUAAGAUACUAAAUACAUCUAGUUCUUAGUUCGUACCAUUUCCGUAGCAUCAAUCGUCAGAGAAGGUUCUGACAAAUUUCCAAAUCUUUGUAGAUUCAAACUAACUUGAAGAACAAACCAACUUUUUAGGGAAUAGAGAAGUAAACAGUCGAUAACUUUACACCCAGAUUCACACUUGUUUCCAUGCAAAUUAAAAACAAAACAAAAUGGAACAAACCAGAAUAGCAGCAGCCGAACGACCGACUACUAGUGAAUACGAGAAACGAUUAGGAAUGGAAAUGGAACGAGAUGGUGGUCACUGGACCUGGAUAUGGACACAUACACAUACGCAAACACAAACAAAAAGAAUGAAUGUAAAAAGUGAUUCAGCAGUCCGUUAUAGGUUGCAGUGGCCCUAUACGAACAGGAAGAAUGUUUUACAUUGUUGAGCCCCCCCCGGAGAAG